UCUACGUGAAAUAACCCCUUUCUGUCCUGCCUUCCUGAGACAUCCCGUACUUUUUAGAACCGAAUGCAAGCCUCAGUGAAUUGAACGAGAGACAAUGUUUCGGACAAGAAUAUCUUCAACAGUAUCACGAGCUCAUCAGGUCACAGCAGCCAAUCCCAGCAGUUCACGGUUCACUCACACAGCGAAAAACCCUCAAGUAUUUUGAUUACGAUUAUUCCCACACUGAGCUCUGCUGUACUGUUCAGUGCCGACUCAUCGUCACCAGAAUAUUUUUUCAAAAGGACAGAAAAAUCAUCCAUUUUUGGCUCCCCCGCACUUUAUACUAAAUAAAUAUAUUUUAGUAAUAAUUAGUACAUAGAGGGAAGAAGAAUAUUAUUCACAGACGUUCACACCUCAACCAGUGGGAAGAUGAUAAUCACGUUGAAAAAUCUCCAGCAACAUACUUUCACUGUUGAAAUUGAUCCAUCAAAGACGGUGAAGGAGCUCAAGGAUCAAAUUGAAGCACAAAAGAGAUGGCCAGCACAGCAUCAGAAAUUGAUAUAUGCGGGAAAAAUAUUGACAGACGAUCAUCCACUGACCGAGUACAACAUCGAUGAGAAGAAAUUCAUUGUAGUCAUGGUUACAAAGCCAAAAACUGCUAGUGCCACUGCGACCAGCGAAAGCCAGCCAGAGGAGAGCAAAGAUCAGUCAACAACCAGUGCAUCAUCAGCUGCUCCCCCAAAUCCACCAGCAGCUCAAGCAGCAGCGCGCACGACUCCCGUAACCACUCCCGAAAAUCCCCCCGCAGCUGACGCAAGAAGUCAGCCGGAGAGUGCUCUCCUCAUGGGUGAAGAGUACAACACAAUGGUCAACAACAUAAUGGACAUGGGGUACGAGCGUGAGCAGGUCGAGCAAGCCCUACGAGCUAGUUUCAAUAAUCCUGACAGAGCUGUUGAGUACCUGUUGACUGGUAUACCAGCACAACUGUUCGAGGAUCCCCCCGAGGUCGACAAUCCCGAGGGACAGGACACUAUCGCUGAUCCACAGGGGGGACAGGAUCCCCUUGCAUUCUUGAGAACGCAGCCACAGUUCCAACAGAUGCGCCAGGUUAUCCAACAUAAUCCACAGCUACUCAAUGCUGUUCUCCAACAGAUCGGACAAUCAAAUCCAGCAUUACUACAGCUCAUAUCUCAUAAUCAAGAGGCUUUUGUUCGUAUGCUCAAUGAACCUGUUGGUGCAGCAGGUGGUACUCCGACCCAAGGUGCUCCAGCCUCAUCUCCAGCAGUUGGAGCUGCUCGUGGAGGUGCAACAGGUGGUGGUGGUCCAGGCGCUGGUGUCAUACCUGUAUCACCCCAAGACAGAGAAGCAAUCGAGAGGCUCACGGCGCUAGGUUUUCCCGAGCAUCUCGCCCUCCAGGCGUACUUUGCCUGUGAAAAAAAUGAAAAUCUUGCUGCUAAUUUUUUAUUAUCUCAGAAUCUUGAUGACUGAACACCACUGGGGAGUUUUUUUGUUGCAUGUGGUUAAGUUCAAUACCUCCAGAGCUUACGAGACUGUUAAAGAGAUGAGAACGAAUGCAUCGUUCCAACGACAACUGGAACUGUUGUUCCCAGUGGAAAAUAUGAAAUGAUUAGCGUGAAGAGAAAAGCAUUUGUAUGAUUCAAUUACCCUCCCUCUUUUUGUCUUAUUUAAUAAGCCUUCGCAGAGUGUUUAUUUUUCAUGAUUUUCUGGGUUUCAGUUUGAGUUAAUUUUUUAAUGUUUAGUGCCCGCAGCGAUAGGUAUAUACAGCAUAUUUUGAAAAUUACACGAAUUUUCUGUUCUCUCAAGCGAAAAUACUGGAACCGCAAUUAUCAAGUUAUUCACCAGAGGGAAUGAAUAGUUUCAAAUUAAUUAAUCUACGAAUAUUUUUUUUAUCGAAAAAAAAGGAGACAAACGAUGUAAUUGAUUCACGUUUCAUGGAAAACGCGAAGAUAAGAGAGGAAUUUAAUAGAAUGUAAUAUUCUAAUAUUAUAUCUAUACAUAAAUUGUAACAAUCUAAAAAUUUCUAUCUAAGAGCAAACGAGGAGAAUAAAAAUAGAAAAUAAAUGAAUAACUUACUAAACUA